AAAGUAUGAAGAAGCACCUUCUAACCCCACUCUUGGUUUUCUUGCUCGUCACCGUUGCUCUUGCUGCUCAUAACACUGAGGAAUGGAAGAGCAGGACUAUUUAUCAAGUCAUUACUGAUAGAUUUGCAAGGACCGAUGGCUCCACUGACGACUCCUGUGAAGAUCUGCAUCAUUACUGCGGUGGAACUUUCAAAGGUAUUGAAAAUAACUUGGAUUAUAUCCAACAAAUGGGAUUCGACGCUAUUUGGAUCUCACCUAUCCCAGAAAAUUACCUGGAAGAUUAUCAUGGAUAUGGAGCCUUGGAUUGGUACAAUGUCAACCCAAGAUUUGGAGGAGCUGACGAUCUUAAAAGUCUGAUCAACGCUAUGCAUGAGAGAGAUAUGUGGAUGAUGCUUGAUGUCGUAGCCAACCAUGUUGCUUAUAUCGAUAUGGAUUUUGAAAAGGUUACUCCUUUUGACAAGGAAGAGUACUAUCAUGCUAAAUGCCAGAUUAACAAUUGGAACGACCCUAAUGAAGUUGAAUAUUGCAGGCUUUCUAAUUUACCUGAUCUCGACCAAGAUCAUCCUUUCGUUAGGAAGACCUUGAUUGACUGGGUCAAGUGGGUUAUCAAAGAAUUCGACAUUGAUGGUCUCAGAAUUGAUACGGUCCCUGAAGUCAAGAGAGAGUUCUGGAAAGAGUAUACUGAUGCUGCCGGUUGUUAUGCUGUCGGAGAAAUUUUCAAUAGUGACACCCACUAUCUUGCAAGUUAUCAAGGACCUGUUCCUGCUGUGCUAAACUAUCACUCCUUCUUCUUCACAAGAAACCUGUUCCAAGAUGCUGGAGAGUCGAUGUAUCAGGUCAGAGAUAUUGUAAACACAGAUAACGAAGUCUUUCCUGAUCCAACAAUUUUAGGUACUUUUGCAGAUAACCAUGAUAAUGCUAGGUACCUUUCCUUCCAUGAUGACUUGAAGAACUACCAGAAUGUUCUUGUGUUUAACUUCUUCUUGCAAGGAAUUCCUAUGGUUUAUUACGGAACUGAGCAAGCCUUUAAAGGAGGUGAUGAUCCUGCUAACAGAGAACCUCUCUGGGGUCACAUGGAUACCAACAGCGAAAUGUACAAGUUUGUGACGAACAUGGUAAAGGCUAGGAAGGAUUUCAAUGUUUGGGAACAUCCUCACGUUGAGAGAUAUGUUAACCACGAUAUCUAUGCUUUCUCUAGAGGAGAGGUACUAGUAGCUGUGACUAACACUCAUAAUCCAUUCGGUGUUGAUGUGGCUUAUCUCCCAGAUUCUUACAAAGAAGGGGAUAUCCUGUGCAACAUCUUGAAUUCCGAGAAUGACUGCACCACUGUGUCUAAUGGAUCAGUCAAUAUUCACUUCGAUGAUGGAGAAGCUAAGGUCUAUGUUCCACAGGCCAGACUUAUUAAGGAAUAAUGAUUGGCUUCUUUUACGUUCAGUUAUUGUUUU